AUGCCGAUAUCCGAAAGCUCGGUGUCUCCUCACAAGGAGGAACCUACUGCAAAUCUAUCACAUAUGAAAACCGCUCAGCGCAGUGAGACCUGCGACGAUGGGGAAAACAAGCGUGCCGCGAGCGACCAGGACGACACGUAUCAGGAACAGUCGACCACCAAGGUCGUACUUCUUCUUGUGUCGAUCAUGAUGACUAUGUUUCUGGUUGCUCUAGAUCGAACGAUCAUCUCGACGGCAAUCCCCCAAAUAACGAAUGAAUUCGACUCUCUGUCCGACGUCGGCUGGUACGGAAGCGCAUAUCUGCUGACCUGCUGUGCAUUCCAAUUGCUAUUCGGAAAGAUCUACACCUUCUACCCCGUGAAAGCAGUUAUGCUGGGUAGCAUCCUCCUGUUCGAAGUUGGCUCUGUCGUUUGUGGAGCUGCGCCCAACUCCACGGCUUUUAUCGUUGGACGAGCUCUCGCUGGUGUUGCUGCCGCAGGAAUCUUUGCUGGAUCGGUGAGUAGCCUUUUUCUUUUACAGUGCAAGACUUUUCGGGCCGUCUUCGGUCUGGCCUCGAUUGUAGGCCCGCUGGUCGGUGGUGCAUUUACCUCGCACGUAACGUGGAGAUGGUGCUUUUAUAUCAAUCUCCCGUUUGGUGGCCUGGCAAUGGCUGCUAUUCCAUUUUGUCUCAAGGUGCCUGACAGAAACACGACCAACGUUUCAUGGAUGGAGAAGCUGAAGCAGCUUGAUAUCCUUGGAUUGUGUUGCUUAGUCCCUGGCGUAGUCUGUCUGGUGCUAGCACUACAGUGGGGUGGGCAGAAAUAUGAUUGGAAUAAUUCUCGCAUCAUUGUGCUACUGACCCUCAUGGGCGUCUUGCUACUUGGUUUCGUUGCUGUUCAGAUACUUCUGACAAGGACGGCGACUAUUCCUCUGCGCAUCUUCAGACGGCGCAGCAUCUUCGCCGGAGUUUGGGCGACCAUCAGUAUAGGUGCAUCGCAGUACAUAUUCAUCUACUUCCUCCCAAUCUGGUUCCAGUCCAUCAAAGGCGUCUCGGCCGUGGACUCGGGUCUCAGACUUCUUCCUCUGAUGCUCUCAAUGGUCGUCGCGUCCGUUCUCACUGGCAUCACCACCCAAAAAAUCGGAUACUACACCCCCUUUGCAAUCAUCGGAUCCUGCAUUAUGGCGAUUGGUGCCGGGCUCCUCACGACGCUGCAAAUCCACACCGACCACGGCAAAUGGAUAGGCUAUCAGAUUCUCUAUGGCUUCGGCAUGGGGAUGUGCUUCCAGCAACCCAACCUCGCGGCGCAGACCGUCCUGCCAAGGAAAGAUGUGCCUGUCGGAAUUGCGGUUAUGUUCUUCAGCCAGUUGCUUGGUGCUGCGGCGUUUGUCCCUGUAGGCGAGAACGUGCUUGCUAACCAGCUUAUGAUGAGGCUGUCUGGGGUCCCCGGAAUUGACUCGGAUAUUGUUACGUCGGGCGGUGCGACAUCGCUAUUGAGUUUGGUUCCUCUGGAUCUCCGGGGGACGGUAUUGACGGCUUAUAAUGAAGCGCUGCGGAAGGUGUUCCAGAUCGGGUUGAUUGUGGCUUGUUUGGCCAUUCUGGGGAAUGCCUCGCUUGAGUGGGUGAGUAUACUCAAGAAGUCGGAGGCUAGUCCUGGUGUUGAGAAUGGCGAUGCCCCCAAAGACGAGCAGUAG